AUGGGGGGCCGACCCGAAAUAGGCGAUUCAGCAAACCCGUCCGGAGUCUCCGGUUCGCGAAACCGGUCCGUGCAUAUGUCGGGCCAAUUUAUGGCCGACCAACCAUUGGCCCGGACCAACGAUUCCGACCUGAAACCGAAUUUGGCCAUGUUUCACGAGCUCUCAGAGUUCGACGAAGCCAAAAGAAGCUGGCAGAGGCGUUUGGCCGGCCACAAUGAGAGGAGGAGAAAGAAUUUUUCCGACGAAAAUGCAAAUUACUAA